UAUGUUCACAUAGUACUACACUAUUAUGUUCAUAUUAAUAUGUUAUUAUCUAGCUAAGGUUCUGGGCAGUGGGUUUAAGAGAUCCUUAUCGCACCGCUUCCAUCAGUGAGAAGUGAUGCUGCAGUAGCAGCACAGGCAGUCUGCGAUGAUGAGGGUGGAAAAACGGGAAGGGGACGUUAUUUUUACUUUCCGUGUGUAUGAGUGAGUGUGCGUGUGUGUGCGUGGGGCGCUCAGUUUUUUUGAGGAAGUCAAGAAACUAAUGAAAAUGGACGACAUAUGCAUGGCGUCGCUACAUGGAUUUUUACCUAUACAAACGAUAAGAACUGGAACCUAUGCCUCCGAGUCAGUGGAGAUGGACCGAGGAGCGACAUAUCUACACUAAAACGGCGGCCGCGAUGCUAACCUCCGAGCUUACUCUGUUCCACCAGCACAAGCGUUAAUAUCGAGCUCAUCAUUUCAGAUCGGGCGGUCGAAACUUUAGAGUUCUCUUUCUUAGAUCUCAGUUGAUUACCGUAAAGUCAAACGGUCAACCUAGCAGGUGCUAUUUGGCGUUUAGUUAGCUACAUUAGGUAGCGGACCUGAGAAGUAGCGGUAACGCUAGCUGACAUUAGUUCAGCUAAUUUACCUAACGCUAGUUCAAAGGCACUCAGUAGUUUACAAGACAGUGACUAGCAUAACCGGUUUAGUGUGUUAGACAGCGGAUAAGUUGCAUUAAACUUUAACAGUGUUAAGCUGUUUGCACUGAUUUGUUAUUACAAAGGGACAAACUAGUUUAUUAUGAGGCCAAAGAUACAACAACAUGAAUUACAUUUGUAAUUUAAUACAUCUGUUGGAAUCUUUUCUGACUGAUGAUACUCACGGCACGAGUCUUAUGAAAGAAUGUGAUAUUUAAGGCAGUUUCCUGUCAGUGUUAACACAUCUGGUUCCCCUAACACAGGCUAGCACUGUAGAUUUGGCACAUAUUCAGAUGCUCUGAUACAUUGUAGGUAGGACAUUUUGCCUGAACAGCCUCAGUAAGUUUAGUUUAUAGCUAUCAAAUAUGCGUCUUACGUCGUUUUUGGCCCUGUUCAGGCCUGCUUUACCCCUCAUCCUCGGGCUGUCAUUGGGUUGCAGUCUGAGUCUUUUGAUGGUGUCCUGGACACAAGGGGAUACUGAUGACUCCUGUGGAGAUGGUCUGGGAAAUGGCAGGCUUUUUCUGGGCAGAGUAAAUACCCAGGGGGACUUAGGAAACGAAGCUGGAGAUGAAGACUUCCAGCCACGUAUAGUGCCCUAUCACAAGGACCCAAACAAGCCAUACAAGAAAGUCCUCAGAACCCGAUACAUCCACACUGAACUGGGCAUCAGAGAGCGCCUGCUGGUGGGCGUGUUAACCUCUCGGGCCACCCUGAACACGCUGGCCGUGGCAGUGAACCGCACAGUUGCCCACCACUUCCACCGCACCUUUUUCUUCACGGGCUUGCGCAGCCCCAAGGUGCCUCAUGGCAUGACUGUAGUUGCCCACGGUGAUGACCGUCCGGUGUGGCUGAUGUAUGAGACAGUGCGUCACCUGCACCAGCACUACGGCUCAGACUACGACUGGUUCUUCUUAGCCCAGGAUGACACUUACAUGCAGGCAGAUCGUCUGUCAGAGCUGGUGGGCCAUCUCAGCGCGGGUCAGGACCUUUACAUGGGCAGAGCAGAGGAGUUUAUUGGUGGAGAGGAGAAGGCGAGGUACUGCCAUGGUGGUUAUGGCUACCUGUUGUCCCGCAGUCUUCUGCUGCCCCGUCUGCAGCCUCAUCUUGACCCCUGCCGCAAUGAUAUCCUCAGUGUGAGACCUGAUGAGUGGCUGGGCCGCUGCAUUAUUGAUUACCUGGGUCUCAGUUGUGUCGAGGUGCACCAGGAGAUGACCUACCGUUACUUUGAGCUGGGGAAAAAUGCAGAUCCAGAGCGUGAAGACAGUGAGCAGUUUAAAAAAGCCUUUACAGUUCAUCCUGUAUCAGAACCGAACCUUAUGUACCGCCUACACAAACGCUUCAGCCAUAUUGAGCUAGAAUGGACGUACCUACAGAUCCAGCAGCUGCAGAUGCAGAUCAACAACCUGAGUGACCUAACACCAGAGGGUAAGGCUGGAGUCACAUGGCCUAUUGGAAUCAAUCAUCCCUUCAAACCCAGAACCCGGUUUGAAGUUAUAAACUGGGAUUACUUUACAGAAGAGCAUAUUUACUCAUGCAUUGACAGCUCUCCAAAGUGUGAGAUUAAAGGCGCUGACCGUGCCGAUGUAAAUGCAGUCCUGGAGAUCGCAGUAGAGCGUCUAAAUGAGCUCUACCAGCCACAGCUACGUUUCCGUAAACGCCGUCUGCUUAAUGGCUACCGACGUUUUGAUCCUACGCGUGGUAUGGAGUACAUACUGGACCUCGCACUGGAAGCCUACACGCAGAAAGGCCGUAGUCAGGUCAUUGCAAAACGGGUCAACCUGUUGCGCCCUCUAAGUGCAGUGGAGAUUAUCCCCAUGCCUUAUGUGACAGAGGCAACGCGUGUGCAGGUCAUUCUACCUGUCACUGCCCAGGAUCAGGACUAUGUCGGCAACUUCCUCGAUAUGUAUGUGAUGAACACUUUGGACACGCAUGAUAAUGUUUUACUCACGUUCUUGUUCAUAUACGAUCCAUUUGAUGCGCAGCGUGUCAGCCAGACUGAUGUGUUUGCUGGCAUCAAAGCCAUGAUAGGGGAGGUGGAGAAGCGCUAUGGAGAUGUGAAGAUCCCCUGGAUCAGUGUGAAGACGGAGGUCCCCUCACAGGUGAAGCUGAUGGACAUCAUUUCUAAGAAACAUCCAGUUUUCUUUCCCAUCCACUUCCAAGAGUACAACCCUGCUGUCAUGUACCGUGACCAGCAGCCCUCUUCUGCAUCCUCUUCUUUUGCUUCAGAGUCGCUGCGUGACGGUCACUUUGACCGCCACGUCUUUGAUGAGGCCUGCUUCUACAACGCAGACUACAUGACCGCACGGACCAAGAUGGCAGCUGACAUCCUAGACAAUGAGGAGCUACUGGAAAGCAUGGAGGUGUAUGACAUAUUUGUUCGCUACUCCGGCCUACAUGUGUUCAGAGCUGUGGAGCCAGCGCUGAUUCAGAAAUACGUCCGCCGAACGUGUAACCCUCGCUUCAGUGAGGAUAUCUACCAUCGCUGUGUGCUCAGCAACCUGGAGGGUCUGGGGUCACGCUCACAUCUAGCCAUGGCUCUGUUUGAGCAGGAGCAGGCCAACAGCACCUAGAAGCCUGGACUUCUUCAGAGUCAUGUGACUUAAAACACACUGCCUGGGCUGAAGGACAUAUAAUGCAGAAUUAAUGUGAAUAUGUCACUUUUGUGAUCCAUACACUGAAAUUCUCACCCUUGUAUUUGGUAGAAAGAGGCAACUGUCAGCUAAAAAAACAGCACCAUCUUAGUCAUGGACACUUGGACAAAGCAAAGUCUGUGACGAAUAUGCUCCAGGUUGACUCCCCAGCUACAAAUCUCUCUGCUCAGUACCUGUGAGUGCUUCUGACUUCUAAGUCUAUAACUUUGAAUCUGUCAUGUCUAGACACAUAAUGAGUCAUGGAGGUGUCUUUUCAUAAACCUUUGUGAAUGUGAACUACCAGUAUUCACAAAAUACACAGGUG